AAUUUUCAUUUUUCAUUUCUCAUCAUUUCCCUCCAGUUUUUCCAAAUGCACGCUUCCCAUAUCCCUAUAUUUUUUUAAUGGAAAAUUUCGACCCAAAUUUAAUUUAAUUUAAUAUUUGUUUUUAUUUUCUCCCCGCUCCACCAGAAACCGGUACCACCAUAAAAGCCUGUAACCCGUUCUCAUCGAAAUUCUCGAUUUUCAGAAAAAAUAAAAAACCGCAAGGUCACUCCCUCUCUAUACUCCAAACUCUGUUUAGGGUUUCACUGUUUCUUCUUGUGACCGCCUUCUCACUCAGGUUGCAUUGAUAUGGAUUCUACGGGCCAGGCAUACCAGCAUCGCCCACUUUCAAUCAAAUUAUGGCCUCCUAGCCAGAGUACUAGGCUAAUGCUUGUAGAGCGAAUGACCAAGAAUCUUACAACUCCGUCCAUUUUCUCUAGAAAGUAUGGACUGCUUAGCAAAGAAGAAGCCGAGGGGGACGCAAAGCAAAUUGAGGAUGCAGCUUUUGCUACUGCAACCCAACAUUUCGAGAAAGAGCCUGAUGGUGAUGGGAGUUCUGCUGUGCAAAUUUAUGCCAAGGAAUCAAGUAAGCUUAUGUUGGAGGUUUUGAAAAGAGGUCCUAGAGUGAAGGAGGAAGGAGAGUUAAUAUCUGAGAAGGCUGGUGCAACGGAAACUGUUUUUGACAUAUCUGGGGGUCGCAGAGACUUUAUUAACGGGGAGGAAGCUGCAGAACUUUUGAAACCAUUGAGGGGACCAAACUCUUAUACUAAGAUAUGUUUUAGCAAUAGAAGUUUUGGCUUGGAUGCUGCUCGUGUUGCCGAACCCAUCUUAUUAUCAAUUAGGGAUCAAUUGAAAGAGGUUGAUCUAUCGGAUUUCAUUGCUGGAAGGCCAGAAGCAGAAGCUCUUGAAGUGAUGACUAUAUUUUCUUCUGCACUGGAAGGUUGUGUUUUAAGGUAUCUGGACUUGUCAAAUAAUGCCAUGGGAGAAAAGGGGGUUAGAGCAUUUCGGUCCCUUCUAAAAUCGCAAACUAACUUGGAAGAGCUUUAUUUGAUGAAUGAUGGUAUAUCAGAGGAAGCUGCAAAAGCAGUUUCUGAAUUGCUUCCUUCCACUGAGAAGCUUAGGGUUCUUCAUUUCCAUAAUAACAUGACAGGAGAUGAAGGGGCAAUUGCUAUUGGUGAAAUUGUGAAACGUUCCCCAGCUUUGGAAGAUUUUCGAUGCUCAUCCACUAGAGUAGGCUCUGAUGGUGGCGUUGCCCUUGCUGAAGCACUUGGGGCUUGUACACAUUUGAAGAAGCUUGACUUGCGUGACAACAUGUUUGGUGCAGAAGCUGGAGUUGCUCUAAGUAAAGUUAUACCUGCAUUUGCAGAUCUUACUGAGAUAUACCUCAGUUAUUUGAACUUGGAGGAUGAUGGUGCAGAAGCCCUUGCUAAUGCCCUUAAGGAAUCUGCACCAUCGCUGGAAAUUUUGGAUAUGGCUGGGAAUGACAUUACUGCAAAAGCUGCUGCUUCUGUGGCAGCCUGUAUAUCAUCAAAACAAUUCCUUACAAAGUUAAAUUUAUCUGAGAAUGAACUGAAGGAUGAAGGUGCAGUUUUGAUCAGCAAGGCACUGGAAGAAGGUCAUGGCCAAUUAAAUGAAGUUGAUUUGAGUACAAACUCGAUUACAUGGUCAGGAGCUAGGCCGUUGGCUGAAGCUGUUGUGCAAAAGCUUGGAUUUAAGUUGCUAAACAUUAAUGCAAACUUCAUUUCUAAUGAAGGGAUUGAUGAACUAAAGAAUCUGUUUAAAAAAUCACCUGAUAUGCUGGGUCCUUUGGAUGAGAACAAUCCUGAUGGUGAAGACACUGACGAGGAGGCUGAAGAAGAUGCUGAUCAUGAUGAAUUGGAAUCUAAACUGAAGGGUCUUGGGAUUUAGGAAGAUUCAUAGGACUCAAGCAUGGAACUUCUGGUUCAGAUUAAUUUGUAGGCCGAUUAAUAUUUUUGAGUUUCGACAGACAUCUUGCAGACACUGUAGUUAGCUUUAAUCUAUGUAUUUUAGCUAUUUUAUUCCAUAACUCAACAUUUUUAAUGUUUACCAGAUAGACGCUGUUAAUAUGUCUGGCAAAACAAGAAUUGGUAUUAGCUGUAGAAUUUUUGGGCACUGUUGUGCCUUUUGCUGGCAAUUUAUUUUCUUUGAUUGCUGGGUCUCCGCUGUUUCACUCUAUAUUUUGCGAUUGAUUCCAUACACAGAUUAUUUGAAUGCUUUAGCAC